AUGUCAAAUGAAAUAUUACAAACCGGUUUAACAUUGGUAAAAUCAGCAGUUGAUGCAGAUAAUCAAAAAAACUAUUCAUUAGCAAGUAAUUUAUAUGACCAAGCAAUUUUAAAUUUAAAAUUAGCAUUAGUUUCAGAAAAAGAUCCACAAAAGAAUGCAUUAAUUACAUCGAAAAUUGAAGAAUACUCACAAAGAAAUAAAUUUAUAAAAAAUAUAUUAUCACAACACCAACCACAACAACCAUCACAGCCACAACAACCAUCCCCAUCCUUUAAUUUUCCAUCUGUACCAGGCACAGUUUCACCAUCAAUUAAUAAUAUAAAUAAUAUGAAUAGUUAUAACAACAAUAAUAGUAUAGGCAACUUUCCAUCAUUCCCACAACCACAACAACCAAUUAAUACCAGUGGCAAUAUUAAUAAUGGUGUAACAUCAGAACAAUUAUCAAAAUUAAAUUCAUUAUCCAUUGGUAAUGGUCCAAAUAGUCAAAGACAACUUUCAAGAGUAGAAGCAUAUGAAGCUGCAAAGAAUUUUUCAUUUAAAGGUCGUAAAGAAGAGGAGGUUAAAAACUAUAGAGGUGCAACCCAAUUCUAUGAACAAGCAUGCUCCUAUUAUUUAAUGGCAAUUAAAAGUGAAUCGGACCCAACCAUCAAACAGAGUUUAAGCCAUGAAGCCAAAAUUUAUUUAGACAGAGUAGAGGUUCUAAAACCAUUUGUACAAGCCCAACCACCAUCUCCAACAGGUUCACUUAAUGGCACUUUGAGUGGUUCAUCAACUUCAGCAUUUUCACAACCUCAACAACAACAACAACAACAACAACAACAACAACAACAACAACAACAACAAUUAUCAUCAUCCUCUAUUUUAGCACAAUCAUCGCAACUAUCACUACAAUCAAACUUUCCAUCAUUCAAUGGCAGUUAUAUUGAACCAAACAGUAACAUGCCAACCACCCAACAACAAUUUUUAAUGAAACAUCAAUUUAAUCAAUCUAGUAAUAGUUUUAGCAAUGCAAGUUCAUCAUUACCCAACACUUUCAGUGGAGAUAAAUGCGCAGCAUGUAAUUCAAUUUUAUCCACCAACUCAAUUAAAGCAUUGGACAGAAUGUGGCAUGCAGAGUGUUUCCAAGUAUCUAUAAUUUGUGCGGGUUGCCAAAAACCUUUCGCCCUUUCUAACCUCUCAUUAAAAGUAAAAGAUAAUAGGGCAUUCCAUCCAAUGUGUUUUGAGUCUACAACUGGCCUUUAUCAAGAAGAAAACCGUACAUUUGUUGGCACAAGUAAAUCAUUGUUCUUUUCAAUUCAAUUACAAAGAAAAUUCUAUAAAGCAGGUGAAACCAUUCAAUUUGGUUUUGUAAUUGAUAAUGGUUCUACUAAAAAGGUGGAUAAGGUUGUUGCUUAUCUUUUAAUGACAGAAAAUAGAAUGGAAAUCACUGGUACAGCUUACGAAAGAAAAUCAAAAAAAACAGUAAAGAAACUAGGUAGAUGCGAAUUUAUGAAUUCAAAUCGUUUCCCACUAGUUAAAGAUCGUUUUGAAGGCGAUUUCUUCUAUUCAAUACCACCCAACAUUCAACCAUCAGAAGUCACAGGUGUCGAUGCUUCCUUUGUUAGAGAAUAUCAAUUGGUUGUUAAAUGUGUUGGAGCAACUUUAAAAACCAUGACUGUAAAAUUAAGAUUUAAUUUAACAAUUUUAGAUAAAUAA